AUGCGUCUUGUGCUCGCCCUGGCCGCCCUGGCCGCCUUUGCUGCUGCUGACAUUUGCAGCAACCCGGACGUCAAGUCCGAGCCUUCCAUCACUGGCUCCCCCAACAUGUACGAUCAGACCUCGUACGGUGUCAAGUUCAGCGUCUCGUGCAACGGCAAGCGUGUGACCGAGCCUCUGACCGCCUAUGUCAACGGCCAGUUUGUGCCCGUCGCUAGCUCCGCGACCGGUGACUACCAGGUGAGCUGGUUUGCCAAGAACAAGGACAUGUCCUCUGGUACCACCGUCGUCACCUUCUUUGACGCCGCCAGCUUCCAGGCCGCUGAGGAGGCUGCCAAGCCCGUGUCGGAGGCUGAUUUCUCCAUUGCCGUCCCUUACUCGGUUCCCUCGGCUUUCUCGCUGCCCGUCCCCGCCGAGUUCAUUGCCAUGUUUGUGCUGGGUUACCUGGUCUACUUUACUGCCAAGGCAUCCGCCGCAAGCAAGUAA